UUAUGACAUCAGCAUCCAAAGGAAUUCUCCGCCCAUUUUUAAUUGUCUGCAUUAUCCUGGGCUGCUUCAUGGCAUGUCUGCUCAUUUACGUCAAACCCACCAACAACUGGAUCUUCAGUCCAAUGGAGUCGGCCAGCUCAGUGUUGAAAAUGAAAAACUUCUUCUCCACCAAAACUGAUUAUUUUAAUGAAACUACUAUCCUGAUUUGGGUGUGGCCAUUUGGGCAGACCUUUGACCUUACAUCUUGCCAAGCAAUGUUCAACAUCCAAGGAUGCCAUCUCACAACAGACCGUUCUCUAUACAACAAAUCUCAUGCAGUUCUGAUCCAUCACCGAGACAUCAGUUGGGAUCUGACUAACUUACCACAGCAGGCUAGGCCACCCUUCCAGAAAUGGAUUUGGAUGAAUUUGGAAUCACCAACUCACACGCCCCAAAAGAGUGGCAUCGAACACCUGUUCAACUUGACUCUGACUUACCGCCGUGACUCAGAUAUCCAAGUGCCUUACGGCUUCUUGACGGUGAGCACAAACCCCUUCAUGUUUGAAGUGCCAAGCAAAGAGAAGUUAGUGUGCUGGGUUGUAAGUAACUGGAACCCUGAGCAUGCGAGGGUCAAGUAUUACAAUGAGCUAAGCAAAAGCAUUGAAAUCCAUACCUAUGGGCAAGCAUUUGGAGAGUAUGUGAAUGAUAAAAAUUUGAUUCCUACCAUAUCUACUUGCAAAUUUUAUCUUUCUUUUGAAAACUCAAUCCACAAAGAUUACAUCACAGAAAAGCUCUACAAUGCUUUUCUAGCUGGCUCUGUACCUGUUGUUCUGGGGCCAUCUAGGGAAAAUUAUGAGAAUUAUAUUCCAGCAGAUUCAUUCAUUCAUGUGGAAGAUUAUAACUCUCCCAGUGAGCUAGCCAAGUAUCUGAAAGAAGUUGACAAAAACAAUAAGUUAUACCUUAGUUACUUUAACUGGAGGAAGGAUUUCACGGUGAAUCUUCCACGAUUUUGGGAAUCACAUGCAUGCUUGGCUUGUGAUCACGUGAAAAGGCAUCAAGAAUAUAAAUCUGUUGGUAAUUUAGAGAAGUGGUUUUGGAAUUAAAGUUUUCCAUUAUUUGCACACUUGGAAAAAUUAUUUUGGUGAGCUAUCAUCCAAGUUUUGAGGAUAAGAAGAGAGACAACAUUCUGCUUUUGUGUCACUAUUUUUAUCACUCUCUCUUGGGUGACAUGUAUAUUUUGAUGGAGAUUUCUGAGAGCUCAGCAUUAGCAAUCACUCCCUUUGGUUUUAAAUUAUCCUGUAUAUACCCAAUUAUGUGCACUGAAAAUUAAUUUAUUCUUUGCUACCAUUUGUAAACAUUGUUUUUCACAUUUUGUAGUUGUUGGUAGUGUAAGUUUGUGAUAUGAUUGUUGUUUCUACAUUGAUCAGCUGUUUAAGCUAUUUGGGAAUGAAGAUGCACAUCUUAAAAUAUGAAAUAUUUUCACUAAGUAUUAUAAUCUCUAGUUCCAAGUUUGCAUAAUGUAACAAAGGAAAAGCAUUUGUAAUUGAGUUCUAAACCUCUUUGACUUCAAAGUGAACAAAGUGUGUAACUGUCUCUAUUUGAUCUACUUUUUACCUGUUCACCACAUUUUUUGUGAAGGGAGAAUUAUUCAUGCAGUGAAUAAGAAAGAUAGUGAAGCAGAACUGUUUUAUUCAGGAAGCUAUUAGACUUUUCAUUUAUUUUCAUUAAGCUGACUUGCAAAUGCAGCCAGCCACUUGUUCUCACAAUCUUAAGUUAAAUUAUUCAAGUAUUUUUAAAUAUCCAAUUUUGGGGGAUUUGUAGAACCUGGAAAAUAAUUCUGACAACACUUAAUAUCUAGGAUAGUUCCCUUCCCAGUCCUUACACUUAUAAUAAAGCAAAUAAUUUCCUCAAAUAACAAAGGAAAAGAAUGUGUAUAGAUACAAAUCAUAUUUAUAAGUGGUACAUUUAUGUACAAUUUUGAAUAUUUUAAAAUAUUUUUUCCAAGCCCUGAUAUUUAAAAGUUUCAUUUUACCAUGUGGACAAAUAAAUAGACAAAACAUUUUAGAGGUUUGCCCUGUCAUUUAAAAGAACCUAAAUAAAACUAUCAUUAAGGUGUUAUAUAUAAGAUAUUAAACAUAAUAAAGUGAAGAGAAAACACACAAUGCUAACCCAGAGUAAGAUCUCAAUGCACAUUUAUUGAAUGAAUAAAUGAAUGUCAUUGAAAAUCAUGGGAAAAUUUUUGUUUGUUUCAAUAAAGUGACAGUUCUAGCAUAGAAAUAUGAACUGGAAUGAUAUUUUAUAUUUCAUUUUCAUAAUUAUUCAUAUAUAGCACAUGUGACCAUGGCCCUCAGGGCUUUACAGAACCAAAAUAAACUUGUCAUUACA